AUGUCGAAGCCACCACCAGAGAAACAAGAGUUACCACUAGAAACGAGUCCGUACACAAAGUACGAGGAUAUUGAAGAUUACAAGAAGAACGCUUAUGGAACUUCCGGUCACCUAGAGGUUAAGCCUGGCCAAGGUGGUGGCGCAACCGACGCACCUACUCUCUCCGGCAGUGCUCCUCCCUCCGCUAUAGAUUCAGCUAACCAACAAGCUAAGAAGUGA